AUGGCUGACCAAACCAACGUCAAUGUAGCUAUUGAGCCUGAGGCUUCAGUGGAGCAAGAGGAGACACUCACGCAAUUGUUUGAGCAGAUGCGACUGCAGGAAGCAAUGGAAGCGAUGCGUCGAUGGGAUUCAGGUAAAUUACAGACCGAGAUCUCGCUCGCUUUUGCCUCUGUAGCCCACGCACCGUCAUCCUUUUUGCAAUGCGUGGAUAUCUACAGCCAAUUUCCCGACAAACAAGUGGCAUUCGUCUCUCAAUGGAUCGAAGCUGCUGUUGAUUGUAUUCGAAUGUGUCGUGACCCGCAAAUCUCUUCCAGCGACAGUCAAUUAGCUGCUUCCAUGUUACCAGCUCUCAAGAGCUCGCGAAUGCCAUUUGUAGCCGAUUUUGCUCUUGCCUACCAAAUAGACGAGAACUCUCUCGCUUCCUUCUGCUCCCUACUGAUUAACAAACGUGUGGGAACAGCGGUUUGCUUCAUGGAAUGCCUCAAGAUGAAACAUCUGCUACCGACGGACGUGGUUCUGGACCACGUCAUCAAGCAGAAGGACUUCUACACAGGUGACAGGUUUGUCAAGGGCCACAAAGAAAACCAGCAGAAGUUUGUACAAAUGCUGAUCGACUACGAUGUACAGGACAAAGUAAUCAAGAAACGCCUUUCGCAAUUCAAGCUGAAGGCCAGUGCCUUCCCAGUCUACUUCGAACGGCGGCAGAAGGCGACACUGCGGUUCCUCAUGCACUCGAAAGAGUACGAGCAAGCGCUGCAGUUUGUUGAGAACUCGGAAUCUCUAAAGUUGUACGCAUGCAACAUGAUCGUCCGCCACGCCGGACCGGAAGACCCUGCGACAAAAAACUUUAUCUUUCGAGCAGAGUUGGCUGAACAAUUUCCCGAGGUUAACACAAGUGCGGAGGAGUACAAGCCUUUAAUGAAGCAGGACGAGUUGACUCCGCUUGACUCGUGCCUGUCGUUGGUUGAUGCCAUCGGUGAAGCCAAUAUAUUAUUUGUGGACACCCCGACGGCGCUGCAGACAUGUGCUGAUCAUCUUAUGAAUCAACCAGCUAUCGGAUUUGACUCGGAGUGGAAAGCAGUCCACAUUUCAACUGGUCCAGAUGGAGGGCCCGCCAAGUGUGCACUCUUGCAGCUAGCCUCCCGUAAAAAGGUGUUUGUUGUGGAUGUGGUGGCGCUGUACGAGCAUGGGAACAUCUUAGCUCCGCUCUUUCAGUCGAAAUCAGUGAUAAAGCUAGGGUUUGAUACAAGAGGUGAUGUGAAGGCACUUCGUCCCUUUUUGACGGGAGGGUAUGCCACUGACAACGUCAUGUCGAUGCUGGUGGACCUACAAGUUGUCACGCGAAAGCUUUUGACAAUUGAAGGUACGACUGAUUCAAAUUCGAGGUUGAUAGGUGAUGAUGAGAAAGAUGAGGACAGCAAAGGCAAAGUGUCAACAGCUGAAAAAAGUGUCAACAUCUCGGCAUCACAUAACAAGGUGACUGGAUCCAAGACGAAAAUAAGAAAGUGGACGAAUAAGCGCAGCAAGACCAGUAAAAAUGGUACUAGCGUCAAGCCUUCGUUAAGUCUGACAGCAGUCGCAGAAACUUAUUUGGGUUUGCCACUUGAUAAACGCGUACGCAUGUCGGACUGGGAACGUCGCCCACUCACACAAACUCAGCUUUACUACGCUGCUCUGGAUGCGCACGUGCUGGUUCAGAUCUACUACAAAAUGCAAGAGCAGCAUCCAGUUGACACGUUUGAAGCGAUUAUGAAACGAUGCACCCAAAAGUAUGUCAAGUAA